AAGAAGUUUCGGGAUGCUCAGCUGAAAGCGGUGCCCUCCCCAUUCUCCUCUCCGCGGCCUCCACAGGCGGCAAUUUAUAAGGUUAAUGAGUCUCCUUUCCACUAAGAAACCUCUGGAUAACGUCUUGUUUCUCGUCUUCGGUCUUUCCUCCGGCCUGUGAGCAGAGUAAGAAAUCUGAAGCUUUUGUUUCUGUGAUGGAUAGGAUCAUGUUGAGCUUCGCGAGGAGGAAGGUCCUGUGUGGAAAAUUCAGUGCUUCGGUUCUUGGUAAAGCUUUUGAGAGGAUUCCGCGGGCAACAUACCCGUCUACGAGAAACUAUUCAAGUUCGCUGAAGGAGAUGACAGUCCGCGAUGCUUUGAACACUGCUCUUGAUGAGGAGAUGUCUGCUGAUCCAAAAGUUUUCUUGAUGGGAGAAGAAGUUGGGGAGUACCAAGGCGCUUACAAGAUUUCAAAGGGAUUGCUUGAUAAAUAUGGUCCUGAGAGGGUUAUUGACACUCCAAUCACUGAGGCUGGCUUCACUGGAAUUGGAGUUGGGGCAGCUUACUAUGGACUCCGUCCGAUAGUUGAAUUCAUGACGUUUAAUUUCUCUAUGCAGGCAAUCGAUCAUAUCAUCAAUUCUGCUGCAAAGUCGAACUAUAUGUCAGCAGGUCAAAUAUCCGUGCCUAUUGUCUUCAGAGGCCCAAAUGGUGCUGCUGCUGGAGUUGGUGCUCAACAUUCUCAGUGUUAUGCUGCUUGGUAUGCAUCUUGUCCCGGGCUGAAAGUCCUGAGUCCUUAUUCUUCUGAAGAUGCUCGAGGCUUGCUUAAAGCUGCUAUCAGGGAUCCUGAUCCUGUUGUCUUCCUGGAGAAUGAAAUACUAUACGGCGAAUCCUUCGCCGUUUCACCUGAAGUUUUAGAUUCCAGCUUCUCUAUUCCAAUAGGAAAGGCCAAGAUAGAAAGAGGAGGGAAGGAUGUAACCAUCACAGCUUUCUCUAAGAUGGUUGGCUAUUCACUGCAGGCUGCGGAGAUACUAGCAAAGGAUGGAAUUAGUGCUGAGGUUAUAAACCUUCGUUCAAUUAGGCCACUAGAUAGAGCCACCAUAAAUGCUUCAGUUAGGAAAACAAACCGACUUGUGACAGUGGAAGAAGGGUUCCCACAGCAUGGUGUUGGUGCUGAAAUCUGUGCUUCAGUGGUUGAGGAGAGCUUUGAAUAUCUUGAUGCACCAGUUGAGAGGAUUGCUGGGGCUGAUGUUCCAAUGCCUUAUGCGCCAAACCUUGAAAGGUUGGCUGUGCCACAGGUUGAGGAUAUUGUUCGAGCUGCAAAGAGGGCUUGCUAUCGCUUGGUGCCAAAAUCUGCAGCAGCUUAGCUGCAUCUUAAGCUUCAUUUUGGACAGCAUUUUUGUUACUUUAUAAAACCGUUUUUUAGCACAAAAAAUUUUAAUUCAAAAAAUUUUUGUACUAGAAAGCCGUUUUAAAAAGCAUCAAAGAAGCCGUCUCACUAAGCCUUAAUCUGUAUGCCUUCGGAGUUGGAUCAAAAUCCUGAAUGUUACAGACUGAUGCAAUAAACUUCUUCCGGUCCUUAGAUAUCAUAAAUAUGAGCUUUAUAUUUUUUUCAACUAGUGCUAUUUAUUGGUGCUGUAGCUCUUUUUUUCAUCUACUCGGAAAUAUUUUGGACUUGCUGUGCUA